UCCACAUUCCCCAUUCUCAUCUCCAUAUUUCCCUUCCAAAACCAACUUCAGUUCACUUUUUCUAUAAAUGUAUAAGCCCCUUAAGCCCACCAUGACAUAGCAGUUUUACUCUCAUUAGACCAUUCUACCAAGCUUUGAUCUCUCACAAAAUGCUCCCACGAAGCCUUUUUCUCUCACUUUUCUUCACUUUGAUCUCUUCUUCUUUGUGUUCUAGCAGUUUCCAGGAUGACCCUCUUGCUAAUUUUCUUGAUCAAACACCUGGUUAUGAUCCAAGUGCCUACCCUUCAUUCUUUGGCACCAUUCAUGAUGACCGGAAUGAUGACUUUGAGGAGAGGUUCGCGAACCUGAAGAUGGAGUACGAGCCUGAAAUCAUCGAUUCCAUGAGAUAUGAUCAGCUGGGUACUCCUGCAACCUCACUGGGAGAGGUGAAUGUUGACGAUUAUGGAGCAGAAGGUGAUGGAAUAACAGAUGAUACUGAGGCAUUCAAGAAAGCUUGGAAAGAGACUUGUUCUUCAAACGUAGGUGUGCUUGUUGUCCCUGAGAAAAAGUACCGUCUUAAGCCAAUUACUUUUUCAGGCCCUUGCAAAUCUGAUUUUGUAAUGUUAAAGAUCUUGGGAAUGAUCGUGGCUUCCAACGAUCGUUCCGACUAUGCGAAAGAUAGGCGGCAUUGGCUCUUGUUCAACAACAUAAAAAACUUCAUAGUAGAAGGUCAAGGAACCAUCGAUGGCAAUGGAAAGAUAUGGUGGAAAAAUUCAUGCAAGAUCAACAAAACUCAACCUUGCACUGUGGCACCAACUGCGGUAACCUUCAGGCGAUGCGAGAAUUUGAGAGUGUGUGGCCUCAAUAUAAAGAAUGCCCAGCAAAUGCAUGUUAGGUUUGAGCAAUCUGUGGAUGUUCAAGCUUUUAAUGUCAUGUUGACUGCACCAGAGGACAGCCCCAACACUGAUGGAAUUCAUGUGACAGGCUCUCAAAAUGUUCAGAUCAUUAGCAGUGUUAUCAGAACAGGUGAUGACUGCAUUUCCAUUGUAAGUGGGUCCAAAAAUGUUCAAGCCCUGGAUGUAACCUGUGGGCCAGGUCAUGGAAUCAGCAUUGGGAGCUUAGGAGAAGGAAAUUCAGAAGCCUAUGUUUCAAAUGUGAUGGUGAAUAAGGCAAAACUCAUAGGAACCACCAAUGGAGUGAGAAUAAAGACUUGGCAGGGAGGAUCAGGGUAUGCUAAAAACAUGGUAUUUCAAAACAUUAUAAUGGAAAAUGUGAGCAAUCCCAUAAUCAUAGACCAAAACUAUUGUGAUCAAGACACUCCAUGCGAAGAACAGGACUCGGCUGUCCAAAUAAAAGGCAUAGUCUACAAGAACAUCCAAGGCACAAGUGCAUCAGAAAUGGCCAUAAAAUUCAACUGCAGCAGGACCUUCCCUUGCCAAGGCAUUCUGCUGCAGGAUAUAGACCUAGUAUCAUACGAAGAGGACCGAGAAGCGAACUCUACGUGUAUGAAUGUCAUGGAGUUGGAGACUAGGGGUCGGGUAUCUCCAACAUGUUCUUAAGAAGAAGAGGUUGAAUUAUCCAGCUAGGGUUUUGUAAAUAUCUAUUAUUUAUACAUAUAGUUACUAUUAAUUUAUGUGUUAAAACAACAAAAAUGUGUGGAUUAUAUACUGCAAUUAGGGAUACUUUGGUGGGAUUUGGUGAUUCAUUGCAGUUAAGGUUUGUUCUUACCUCAGUUUGCAGUUGAUAAUGUGUAAAACCCUAGUAUGUGUUAGCAGACAAUGUUGUUGCAUUCAAUAAAUUUUUUUUAAUA